AUAUAAGGUAUAAAACGUGAAACCGCUUAAUUUAUUUUAGUUUAAGUAGAAGAAAUAAAAAAAUAUGUUUUAAUUAAAAAGAAAUUUCUUUGUGGCAUACUGUGUUUUGUGUUUAAUAUUAAGUGAUGAGUUUAAUUAAAACAAAUAUAAAAUAUAAAUAAACAAUUUAAAAGUUGUUUUAGAGUAAGAAAAAGUAAAUUGCUUAAAGAAGAAGAAAAAGUCUACAAUAAAUAGUUAAAUUAAAAAAAAAGAAAAAACAAGUGCAAAAGAAGUGGGGAAAACUGCAGAAACCAAUAAAAAAAAAGCAACGAAGUAUAAAACAUCUUUUAGCAAUUAAAGAAAGAAAAUGAAACCAAUAAACAAAAUCUUUAAAUAAUUAAUAAGCCGGUAUUUAAUUAAAUAUUAAAAUAAAACAAACUUUUUUAAGAAAUCUAUUAGCAACAAAGUUUAUAAACAUUCCAGAAAAUCACAAGUGAGGCUAAUGUAAAAGAAAGAAAACAAACCUUAAGCGUUUAAGAGAAAACCAACCAACCAACAACCCCACCCACCCUUUACACUUCAACCCGGUUUCCGUGGUUUCAUUUAACCAACAAAUUUUCUAUACAAAACAAACAAAAAAAAAAAGAACGAAAAUAAAAAACGUAACAUAAAAAAAAACGCCAAAAAUUUCUAAUACAAUAAAAGAAAAAAAAAAACAGAAACUAAAAUAGAAAUUCGAAAAAAAAGAAACAAAAUUUUACAAGAUGACAACGUAUAUUGAGCUGUUCGGUUUAAUGGUUUUACUAAUGUUGCCAUUUCUAUAUGAAACCAGUCAUAUAUUUCGUUAUUAUUUUAAAUUUUUAAUCUAUUAUGGACUUGUGUCCUUCAAUUCGAUUGUUCUGAUACCGGCUUUUAUGUGUCGACCCUGUGAUGUGCGUAAUUUACUUUGGGCCAGUACUUUUUGUCAUCGAAUAACAACUCUAAUUGGUCUGAGAUGGGAGUUGCGAGGUAAAGAACAUUUAGAAAAGGAUCGUGCCUGUAUAAUUGUGGCAAAUCAUCAGUCAUCGUUGGAUGUUUUAGGCAUGUUCAACAUUUGGCACAUUAUGGACAAAUGCACUGUGGUGGCUAAACGUGAACUAUUCUAUGCCUGGCCCUUUGGUUUGGCCGCCUGGUUAGCUGGUCUCAUUUUCAUUGAUCGUGUGCGUGGAGAAAAAGCUCGUGAUACCUUAAAUCAAGUCAAUAGUAAAAUUAAGAAACAAAAAAUUAAACUCUGGGUAUUUCCCGAAGGAACACGACGCAAUACCGGCGAUAUACAUCCCUUUAAAAAGGGCGCAUUUCACAUGGCCAUCGAUGAACAAAUACCCAUAAUGCCAGUGGUCUUUAGUUCGUAUUGUAGUUUUCUCAAUGAUAAAAAGAAAAUUCUUAAUGCAGGUAAUAUAAUUUUAACCACUUUGCCGCCAAUAUCUACCGAAGGACUAACCAAAGAUGAUUUACCCGAACUAAUGGAAAAAGUCCACAAAAUAAUGCAGGAAACUUUUAAACAGACAUCAAAUGAGGUGCUGCAACGUUAUGCAGCAAAUGCUAUAAUAAAACCAAAAAAUUCCGACAUAGAAACCACUCCUGUUAAACAAACAAUAGCAAAUACUCCAACAACACUGCUGACCGGAUCAGCGGAUGUGCUAAGUAAUUCCGCCACAAAGGCUACAAAUUCAUUAAGUUGUGAUUUAAAUAGUUUGAAAACUUCAUGUAGUGACACAAGUCAAGCGGAAGAUAUUGUAAAUAAUACACAAACAAAUGCAACGACAUCAACAGCAGCCGAAGGAGAAGAAGAACAGGCGGUAACCGAUUUUAAGGACCCUGUUAUAACAAAGACUCAAGCUUUAGUGCAUUAAGAAAUUUACAUAAAACUUACACAAGUUACUUUAAUAAAUUAAGCUACACCGACCGGGGGACAGACAGGUUAA